UUCUCUCUAUUUUUCUUCAUCAUGGCGAAGAUCAAGAUCGGGAUUAAUGGAUUCGGAAGAAUCGGGCGUCUGGUCGCCAGAGUUGCCCUGUUGAGUGAUGAUGUUGAGCUUGUUGCUGUUAAUGAUCCAUUCAUCAUCACUGAUUACAUGACAUAUAUGUUCAAAUACGACAGUGUUCACGGUCCGUGGAAGAAGCACGAGCUGAAGGUUAAGGAUUCCACGACCUUGCUCUUUGGCGACAGGCCGGUGACUGUAUUUGGCAUGAGGAACCCCGAGGAAAUCCCAUGGGGCCAGGCCGGAGCUGAUUAUGUGGUCGAGUCGACUGGAGUUUUCACUGACACAAACAAGGCAUCAGCACAUCUCAAGGGAGGUGCGAAAAAGGUUAUAAUUUCUGCCCCGAGCGCGGAUGCGCCCAUGUUUGUUGUUGGUGUGAAUGAGAAGGAUUAUAAGAAGGACAUCAAUAUCGUUUCGAAUGCUAGUUGCACUACCAACUGUCUAGCCCCGUUGGCCAAGGUUAUCAAUGACAAGUUUGGUAUUGUUGAGGGGCUGAUGACGACUGUGCACUCCAUGACCGCAACACAGAAGACGGUGGAUGGUCCUUCGAUGAAGGACUGGAGAGGUGGAAGAGCGGCUUCGUUUAACAUCAUUCCUAGCAGCACUGGUGCUGCUAAGGCUGUAGGGAAAGUACUUCCUGCACUGAAUGGAAAGCUUACUGGAAUGGCUUUCCGUGUCCCAACCGUUGAUGUCUCAGUCGUUGAUCUCACUGCUAGGCUCGAAAAGGCAGCCUCGUACGAUGAGAUCAAGGCUGUGAUCAAGCAAGAAUCAGAGGGUAAAAUGAAGGGGAUUUUGGGAUACACAGAAGACGAUGUCGUUUCAACCGACUUCAUUGGUGACAGCAGGUCUAGCAUCUUCGAUGCCAAGGCUGGAAUUGCGCUGAAUGGGAACUUCGUUAAGGUUGUCUCUUGGUACGACAACGAAUGGGGCUACAGCAACCGCGUUGUGGACUUGAUCCGACACAUGGCGUCUGUCGCUUGACCUGGUUAUGUUGCCUUGCACGAGCGUAAUAAUUUCGUCGGCAUCACAUGCUAAUCUAUCUCAGUUUCCAAAAUUGGUUAGGUAGUUGGAAAUAAUUUAAAUGUUGUGAUGAGGAUAAGUUUUUUCUCAUGGAUUUCAUCAUGCUUAUAUAGUAGUAGGUAUUAGUGUUGCCAAAUUUUGUUGCAAUGGAAUCAUUUCCUCUA